AUGUCCAACAACGCAGGCAGCAACGUUCCCACCGGCUCCAACUUUCAGGUUGAUGCUUCGAAAUACGGCAGCUAUAAGACUGCUGACCCUGAAACUGCAUCCAUCACGACGGUUUCCUCUUCAGCGCCGCUGGUCAAGAAGGAUGAGCAAAAGCAGAAGAACGGAACAGAGGUCGAUGCCAAGAAGCUUCAGGAGCAGGCUCUCAAGUCACAAAUCCGAUUCUACAGCGAAUUAGUAAAAGGGGGCUAG